AUGGCGGGCCCUUCAGCAUCAGGAGCAACCUCUUCAAGAUGGUAUAAGCCAAUGCCAGGCUUCCACCCACAUCAACCCGCAUUUAAGCACCGAUGGGGCGCCAAGCUGCUAGGUGCCACCAUGUGGUUCUGGAUCUUCUACAGAGCUAAGCAGGAUGGUGCUGUUCUUCUUGGCUUGAAACACCCUUGGGACGGUCACGGACACCACGACCACCACGGUGAUGGCCACGAUGAGGGCCACCACUAA